UUCAUCUCUACCUACCUCUACAGGGAGCAAACCUAACGAAGAAAUACCGCAAAGACAAUCAAGAUGGCUUGUGCUUGUACUUGUUCAAACGGCUUUAUCAAGAGUCUCGCCGGUGGCAGCAAAUUCACCGCUACCUUUGUCAUCGAUGACAUCCAGUAUCACUUCAGCGGCAACAUCAAUCCUAGUGUACAGGAUUUUGUGUGCGACAGGGCUACACUCCAAUAUGGCAGUUUAGGAGAGUUGACCACUCAGCGACAGUGUGAAGGAAAGAUUGGCACCCAAAACAUCGAGCUAACUAUCAUAAAUGGCCCGACAAUCAAGGGUCCUCUCAAUUCGCCCAUUGACCCGGCAACGCGCGUUUCUGGAGUGGGUACUUGGGCACAGAAUUGA